UUCAGCAAUCAAGAGCGUUCAUGCAGGUACAGACGCCCUGCUCUCACAGUCACCGCGACAUUACCUGUCCGACGGCAACAUGGCGAUGGCCAUCCUCUCUGGUCCACGAAGGAAGCUGAUUGUGGCUGGAGUGAGCCUGCUGGCCACGUUCAUCAUCGGUCUGCUGAUUGGUAGGUUCGCCAUCUCUUCACAGGGCAAUGACGCGUUUUUAAGUGGAGUGCCUCGGGCGAUUGUUCAAGAAGCAGACGACACCAUUCACGAGAAGCUCGCGUCCAGGAUCAAGGCGGGAAAUAUCCGGGAAAAUCUCAGGCAGCUGACCUCCAAACCCCACCUAGCGGGGACCCCGGCCGACUACACCCAGGCCAAGGAGCUGGCUGAUCUGUGGAAACAGCAAGGCUUUGAUGACGUCACCAUCACGCCCUAUGACGUACUGAUGUCCUACCCGGAUCCCGAGAAUCCUAACGUGGUGCGGGUUCGAGGCCAGAAUGACGAGAUCCUGUACGAGUCACCCUUGACGGAGGCCAUUCUGACGCCCAGAGAGAACGUGCCCGGUGUCGUGCCGCCAUUCAAUGCCUACUCUGCGAACGGUACAGUUACGGGGAACCUGGUGUACGUCAAUUACGGCCGUGACGAAGAUUUCAAGUACGUCACAGACGUCGUCAACAUCAACGUCACAGGGAACAUCGUCAUCGCCAGGUACGGCAAGAUCUACAGAGGCGAUAAGGCGAAAGCGGCCCAGAAGCAUGGCGCCAUCGGUUUGAUGAUAUACACUGAUCCUGCCGAUUAUGCAAGGGGAGGUAACUCUAGUGACGUGUACCCUCACAGCUGGUGGCUCCCACCCACGGGGGUUCAAAGAGGGACGCUGUUUGUCACUGACGGUGAUCCCGAAACUCCCGGGUACCCGUCUAUAGGGACUGCGUACCGAGUGCCGGAGUCCCAGAUCAACCUGCCCGCUAUCCCCGUGCACCCCAUCAGCUAUGGCGAGGCCAAGAACAUCAUGAAGUACAUGAGCGGGUCAGCUGUGAGGUCGGACUGGUCAGGGGGGAUGGACAUCGUGUACAGAUACGGACCUGGGUUCAGCAACCAGACGCUCAAAGACGUGGAGAUGCGUAUCUCCACAAGGAAUCAGAGGAACGUCACUUACAACACUAUAGGCAUCAUUACCGGAGCCGUUGAACCAGAUCGCUAUGUUAUUCUUGGUAACCAUAGAGACGCAUGGGUGUUUGGAGCAAUGGACCCGUCCAGUGGUACUGCGGCCAUGAUGGAAGCGGCCCGAGUCAUGGCGGAGAUGGUCAGCAGUGGUGAGUGGCGCCCUCGCCGGUCCCUCGUCUUCUGCAGCUGGGGGGCAGAAGAAUACGGGUCGCUGGGGUCCAGCGAGUGGGUGGAGGAGUAUAUGAAGAACCUUGGGGCUCGAACCGUUGCCUACCUGAAUGUAGACACGGCCGUGUCAGGUAAAUGUGGAACUUCUGACUGUAAAUUAAACGUCUAUGUCUUAAGGGUACUAGUAUUCAUUCUAUCUUUGAUAAUGAAACAAUUUUACUCCAAAUACCUGAGAUUCGUUAGGACUGCGUACCGAGUGCCGGAGUCCCAGAUCAACCUGCCCGCUAUCCCCGUGCACCCCAUCAGCUAUGGCGAGGCCAAGAACAUCAUGAAGUACAUGAGCGGGUCAGCUGUGAGGUCGGACUGGUCAGGGGGGAUGGACAUCGUGUACAGAUACGGACCUGGGUUCAGCAACCAGACGCUCAAAGACGUGGAGAUGCGUAUCUCCACAAGGAAUCAGAGGAACGUCACUUACAACACUAUAGGCAUCAUUACCGGAGCCGUUGAACCAGAUCGCUAUGUUAUUCUUGGUAACCAUAGAGACGCAUGGGUGUUUGGAGCAAUGGACCCGUCCAGUGGUACUGCGGCCAUGAUGGAAGCGGCCCGAGUCAUGGCGGAGAUGGUCAGCAGUGGUGAGUGGCGCCCUCGCCGGUCCCUCGUCUUCUGCAGCUGGGGGGCAGAAGAAUACGGGUCGCUGGGGUCCAGCGAGUGGGUGGAGGAGUAUAUGAAGAACCUUGGGGCUCGAACCGUUGCCUACCUGAAUGUAGACACGGCCGUGUCAGGAAAUUACAGUUUGUCGAUGGGAGCGACACCGUUGCUGAACAGACCCGUGUAUGAUGCGGCUAAACAGGUGCUCGGCCCACGAGGGGACAGGUCACUAUAUGACGAGUGGCUGAAAGUGGAACCGCGGACAUUUAGUGGACAGUCCACUCAACCAAGGAUAGAUCCCCCCGGCUCUGGAAGCGACCAUGAUCCCUUUCUGCUGAAAGCUGGAAUCCCGGUUGCCACCUUUGGCUUCAAGAGCGAGUAUCCCUACCCCCUCUACCACUCUGUGUACGAGACAUUCUAUGCCAUGGAAAAGUUCUACGAUCCAGAUUUUAAGAUCCACGCCUGCGUGACGUCACUGUGGGUGGAGCUAGCUCGCAGCCUCUCCGACUCCCUCGUCCUUCCCUACAACGUCUCCGACUACGGCGUCAUGUUGGAACAGAGCAGGAAAGAACUGGACAAUAACCACGGGGCGUUGCUUAGACCGAGAAUAGCCAACUAUUCUGCUUUGAGAACAAACAUUGAAGACUUCCAAACUGUUGCUGAUGACUUCAUGAAACAAAUGACAACGAUCAACAAGAAGGACCCCCUGGCUGUACGCAAGGUCAAUGACCAGAUGAUGCAGCUGGAGCGAGCCUUUAUUGACCCCGCGGGACUUCCGGGAAGAUCCUACUUCCGACACGUGUUCCUGGCACCAAGUAAGCUAAACAUCUACGAGGGAUCAAGUUUUCCUGGCCUAGCAGACCUGAUUUUCGAGUUGGAGACAUCACGUGAUCAAGAUGACCAAUGGGAACGUAUCAAACACCAUUUUUCGGUUCUCCUUUUCGUCAUCCAAUCAGCAGCUUCGACACUCAAAGAUGUGUCACAUUUCGUAAAAACUUAAUAUGUCAUAGGCAUGCCUAAAUGUACCUGUAUGUCUCUACAUCGUUAUCACGCUUACCUGAGGACCAAGACAUCCGGCCAUGGCAGCCUAUAUCCGAUUGCAUGUUUCCUGUACAUGAAAUGUCAGAGUAAAUGUUCUGUAUGGCGACAGAUGGUUCAAAUGAAAUGUAUAGAGCCUUGACUGGACAAAACCAGCCUGGAUUCCAAAGAUAAAAUGAUUGAUAACCUUG